AUGUUAUGUCAAAUAUUUUCUAAUCAAAGUCAAUUAACUUCUCUUCAAAUCGAUAUGUCCAAAUUAUCUUAUGAAAUUCAUCAAAGUUUAAAAUCACAUUCUUAUGUUUUAUCAAACAAAAUUUCUAAUGAAUUUCAAUCUUAUUCUAUAACUCUACGUCAUUUACGUAUUUAUCUCAAGCAUACAUGUUUUCUAGAAGAUCUCAUUGAAUAUGUGCCCAAUCUCGAACAAUUAUCGGUUUAUUUUCACAAUUUUGCAAUCCAUAAUGAUUUUCUUGAUUCAAACAUUAACAUACCACACCUAUCAAAUGGAAACUGGUUUAAUAAAGUACGAAGAUUGAAAAGUUUUAUAUUGAAAAUUUAUGCUUGUACCGAUUUCGAAUUAACUUAUUUAAAAUGGCUUCUUAAUAAUUUAAAUCAUAUUAUAAAAUUGGAAAUUCAUUUAUAUGCUAGUAUUAUAUGGAAAGCAGAUCAAUCAAUAUGUAAUUCUAUGAUUGACGCAAAUUUUAUUCGUCAAUAUUGUUUACCUGAUCAAAUAAUUAAUUUAAAAUAUUUUUAUUUUUAUAUUUGUACACAAUGUUCAUCAUCAUUAAAUAAUAUUUCGAAAAUAAUUAAUUCUUUUAAAAUAAAUUCCUUUUUUAUUGAUCAUCAAUGGACAAAUGUUCAAGGUUUUUAUGAUAAAAAUAUGUCAUAUCAACAUAUAUUCUCUUCUAAUCUUAAAAAAUUUCAACGUUCUAUUCUUCUACUUAAAGAUGCAUAUAUAUAUGAAUGGUCUGAUAUUGAACAUAUUCAGAAUAAUCAUCAUCCAUCAUUUUAUUUACUUCUCAAACAAUUCGAUGAAUUAUGUCCUAAUGUUUCUUCUAUGACAAUUGAUAUCGGAAGUGAUGAUGUUAAAGCAAAGAUUCUGGAAUCGCUGACAACACCAUUCAGCAUGAAACAACGAAAUCUAAAUGAUAGUCAACUUCGAAAUGUUACAAAACUUAGAUUUGGAUAUUGUACUUGUCGUCGUAUUCGUAACUGUAUAGAAUGGGCACAUCAAGAGAAAAAACAUCUUGAAAUACUUGCUUGUCUUCUGUCAAUGCCUCUUCAACUUAAAUAUCUUUUUAUUCAAAAAUUUGAAUGGCUUUAUUUUGUUGUUAAAAAGCAGUUGUAUUAUUAUUUCAGAAAAGAAAAUGUAUUAAAUACUGUUCGAUAUGCUGAAUUUGGUAUUGCCAGUUGUAAUGUUGGUGAUGAUGCUUCAACUCGGACUGGCAGACAUCUUGUACCUUUUCUAAAUACUCAUAUGCCUUAUUUACAAACAUUACAUCUUUGGAGACCAGAUGAUUUUCCUUGGACAACAAUUCGACCAAUCUUUAAAUCUGACAAAUCGUAUGGAAAUAAUAUGCAACAAUGGAAUCGAACUCUACGUACAUCUAAAUCUAUUAAUGAACAUGUUAUUGCGUUUGAACAAGAUCUUUGUCAAUUAGUCGAACAAUUAAAACAAUUUGUUUAUCCUGAUAUUUAUGGUGAAAUUCAUCCUAAAAAAGUCAAACUCUAUCGUUUAAUGGUUCAAAAAUGUUUUCCAAAUAGUCAAAAUGACAUUCAAAUAUCAAGAUUUUCUCUUUGGAUUUAA